UGCAGAGUACAUUCAAUUUGAGUAAUUUGAAGUACGUAGUAGAUAUAUAUUACUCCGUAUAAAUUUACGUCUUUUAAACUUGUAGGUGGCAGCUGCGCGCACGUACUAUAAUGGGGAAUUGGCUUGGUAGACUUUAUAAUUAUUAUUAUUAUGGUUCUACGAAUAGCGAAAGUGAUGCUGGUUCAAAUAAUGGGACACCAUUAUUAUCCCAUGGAGAAGGAAGUGAGCUGGAGGGUAAGAGCAGCAGCAGAGAUGAAUCAUGGUCAAACACAAGUAGCAGCACUUGCACGGAUUCCGAUGACUUUGGCGUCGGGACAUCAAUAUGGAAGGGUUUGCAUGAUCAUGACCGGCAGCUUGUUGUGUUGAAAAACCGAGGAGGAGGACGUAACAUUCAUGAAAGGUACUGGAUUAACCAUGGACGGGAGCUGGGGAGAGGAGGGUGGGGGGUGGUACGAGUCUGCAUUGAUUUGGAGUCCGGCGAAGAACUGGCCUGCAAGUCCAUCUCUAAAAACGAAAUGCUGCAGAAUGAUGAGAACGUUGAAUGUGUGAGGAGGGAGGUGGAUAUCUUGUACCACUUGAAGAACUGUCCAAACGUGGUUACCAUCAAAGGCGCUUAUGAAGAUGACGCCCAAGUCCACAUUGUGAUGGAGCUAUUGAAGGGGAAGUUGUUGCAUGACGCAAUGGCAGAGAGGCUUUCAUUCAGCCUCACCUACACAGAGGAGGAGGCUUCCAACCUUAUCACGGCUAUUGUACAAGUCAUCAAGAUGUUGCACAAUAAUGGAGUGAUACAUCGUGACAUUAAACCUGAUAAUUUUAUGUUUCAAAGUACCGACGAAACUUCUACUUUAAAGGCAAUUGAUUUUGGACUAGCAGAUUUCUAUACGCCCGGAAAGCCAUGUAAGCUUAAAAUCUUCAGUGACAAUUAUGUGGCUCCUGAAGUUUUAAGAGGCGGCAGACAUGGCCCGAAGGUUGACAUUUGGGGCGCUGGGGUCUUGCUCUACGUCCUUCUUAGUUUUAAAUAUCCCUUUUGGGGAGAGAAUAGGGACGGUAUGCUUAGAGCAGUUGCGCGCGCUGAAGUCUGUUUCAAUGGUCACCCUUGGCCAAAGAUUUCUGAUAAUGCCAAGGACCUUAUAAAGAAAAUGCUUGAACCUGAUCCACGUCAACGACUUACUGCCGAUCAAGUUCUUAAGCAUCCAUGGCUAAAAACGUCAAGAAAGCAUUACCAUGGCCACUGAUGCAGAAGACGCAUGAGAUAUGGAAUAGUAUACUAGAUCAGAGUAUUAUACUAAAUACGUAGUAUACAUUAGUUUAAUGUGUACUUAAGAAUGUAAUAAAUCAUGCAGUUUUCUCAAUCACACACGAUAUUGUACUUCAGUG